AUGGCAGUCAAGAUCAAACCUGCAGGGGAGGGGGCCCCCGGGGGGCCCCUGGGGGGCCCCCCUGGGGGCCCCAAUGAGGAGGCCGAGCUGUUUGCUGCUGCUGCUCACUGGCAGCACCACCUCACUUUGCUGCUGAAUCUCAUUCCCUACGAGGCGCCGCAGCAGCAGCAGCAGCAGCAGCAGCAGCAGCAGCAGCAGCAGCAGCAGCAGCAGCAAAGUGCGGGGCAGCUCCGGCGGGCCAAACAGACCCUCAGGUACAGCUUGGAAAGUUUGCUGCCUUCAACAGCUCAGGAAGAUGCAGCAGCAGCAAAAGAGGAGAAGCAGCGGCUGCUGCUGCUGCACAAGGAGCAGCAAAACAGCAAGAAGCGCCAGAAGCAGCAGCAGCAGCAGCAGCAGCAGCAGCAGCAGCAGCAAGGGCCUACUACCAGAGAACAGUUGCUGCAGCGGCUGCAUGCAAAAAUUGAGGCCAUGAAGCAGCAAAAAGGCCCGAAGAAGAACAGAGAGGGGGCACAGCAGCAGCAGCAGCAGCAGCAGAAGCAGCAGCAGCAGAAGCAGCAGCAAAAGCAGCAGAAGCAGAAGCGGAAACGGCAAGCAGACUCCCCGCAGCAGCAGCAGCAGCAGCAGCAGCAGGAACAGCAGCAGCCAAGUGCCAAAAAGGCCAAGAAGGCUGCUUCAGAGUCAGCAGCAGCAGCAGCAACAAAGCCAGCAGCAGCAGCAGCAGCAGCAGCAGCAGCAGCAAAUGAUGACUUUGCGUUUUCCGUUUUGAAAGAAGCAAAUGAACCAGAGACUUUCAAAGAAGGAAGAAAAGGAGACAAACACAGACGCAUCCGCAAAGCCCUGAAGUAG